AUGCUGGAAAAGACUCUCUCAGCCAUGACCUGGCUCUGCAUUCUCAUUGUGGCCUUUGCCAGCCACCCAGUGUGGUCACAGAAGCCCUCUAGUCACAGGAUGCCCAUACCACUCCAACCGGCUUCCUGCUGUGAGGAUGUGAAAGAGCUCAAGGUCCAAAUUGCCAACCAAAGCAGUCUCCUGAGCAAACUAAGCAAGGAUAAGGAGAGAGACUGGGCCAGCGUUGCCACACAGGUGAUGGAACUGGGGACCAGUAACAAGCGCAUAGAGUCACGGCUCACAGAUGCUGAGACCAAGUACUCCGAAAUGAACAACCUGAUCAACAUCAUAAAGCUGCACUUAGCACAGACCCUGGAAGGUGCCAUCUAUGACUGCUCUUUCUUCUAUCGGAAGAACUACCGUGACUCUGGAGUGUAUAAGAUUCCUCCUGAUGUCUUCUUUGAUAGCAGUGAGCUGGAGGUGUUCUGUGACAUGGAGACCUCAGGUGGUGGCUGGACUAUCAUUCAGAGACGAGAGAGUGGUCUUGUCUCCUUCUACCGGGACUGGAAGCAGUACAAGCAGGGCUUUGGCAGCAUCCGUGGAGACUUCUGGCUGGGGAAUGAACACAUCCACAAGCUCACCAGAUGGCCAACUCGGCUACGCGUGGAAAUGGAGGACUGGGAGGGCAAUGUGCGCUAUGCUGAGUACAGCCACUUUGCUCUGGGCAAUGAACUGAGCAGCUACCGCCUCUUUCUGGGAAACUACAGUGGCAAUUUGGAGUUUGACGCCCUCCACUCUCAUAACGACACAGCCUUCAGCACCAAGGACAAGGACAAUGACAGCUGCACUGAAAAUUGUGCAGAGAUCUUUAAAGGUGGAUACUGGUACAACUGCUGCUCAAGCUCAAACCUCAAUGGGGUGUACUACCCACGGAGAGAGCACAAUGGGCAUGUGGAUGGCAUCUCCUGGAACGGCUGGCGUGGGAAUCCCUACUCCCUCAAAUGGGUGGAGAUGAAAAUCCGCCCAGAAUACUUCAAGCCCUAA